CGGGCCCGCUCGCGCCCCCGGUCCCGCCGGACGCCGCCCGGAGCGUCGGAGAGCGGGCCUCCAUCCUCUGAUGCCCCUGUUAUUUGGACUGUAGAGAAAAAUCAGAAAAGAAGCUAUCCCUGUACUAAAAUAACUGUCUGUCUAUUUAAGGUGGAGAAUUACAGAAAAAUGUUCACUUCCCUGGAGCUGAUGUUGGACCUGCAAUGGACUGGUGUCUCUCUGUUACUGGAUGUCCAGGAAACACAUGCUGAGCUUACAUUGAGAGACCACAGCUGAGCCCAUCUCAGAGAUCUCCCUUUCAGAACUGGAGUCAGGACAAUGUGUUGCCUCCUUUAAUUACAGUCUGAAAAUUAGUUUCAGAUGUGGAAGAAUGCAACAAAAUGAAAUGAAAAAUCCAAGAGUCCAUCAAUGACUAAGGUCUCUGUUCUCAUGAUUUAUGUGAUUUGCUUCUCCUGGAGCCAUGGAUGAAUACAGCCGCUUUGUGGACUGGGACAAAAUGGAUGUGAGUGCCCAGAGCCAGGAUACAAAAGAGCUCACCUGCACAGACUUCCAUGAGCUCAAGCAGCUGGCCCGGCAGGGCUAUUGGGCCAAAAACCACUGUCUGAGAGCCAAAGUGUACCACAAACUCAUCAGCAAUAUUCCGUGCCGUACAGUGACCCCAGAUGCAAACGUGUACCGGGAUAUUGUGGUGAAGAUCGUUGGAAAACGCAACAGCAGCUCCCUUCCACUGCCAGAGUUCGUGGACAACAGCCUGAUCCCCUCGUACUGCCUGAACGCGGAGGGCAUCGGGGCCAUCAGGAAGAUCAUUCUGUGCAUCGCCAAUCAGUUCCCGGACAUCUCGUUCUGCCCAGCUCUGCCUUCGGUGAUUGCGCUGCUCCUGCACUACAGCAAGGACGAGGCCGAGUGCUUUGAGCAGGUCUGUCGCAUCCUGGCUUGCAACGACCCGUCCAAGCGGCUCAUUGAUCAGACCUUUCUGGCCUUUGAGUCCUCCUGCAUGACCUUUGGGGACCUGGUGAACAAGUACUGCCAGGCAGCCCACAAGCUGAUGGUGGCAGUGUCUGAGGAUGUGCUGGAGGUGUACUCGGACUGGCAGCGGUGGCUCUUCGGAGAGCUGCCCAUGGCAUACGUUGCACGGGUCUUUGACGUCUUCCUGGUGGAAGGGUACAAAGUUCUCUAUCGUGUUGCACUGGCUCUUCUGAAAUUCUUUCACAAAGUCAGAGCUGGGCAGCCCAUGGAGUCUGACAGCAUCCAGCAGGACAUUCGAGCCUUCGUGAGGGACAUUGCCAAGUCAGUGUCCCCAGAGAGGCUCCUGGAAAAAGCCUUUGCUAUCCGCCUUUUCUCUCGGAAGGAGAUCCAGCUCCUGCAGAUGGCCAAUGAGAAGGCUUUGCAGCAGAAGGGCAUCACGGUCAAACAGAAAAGUCUUGCACCUCCCAAAAGGCAGAAUGUGCAUUUGGCAGUUCAUGCUGAGAACUUCAAAUCAGAAAUUGUCAGUGUGAAGGAGAUGCGGGAUAUCUGGUCAUGGAUCCCAGAGCGAUUUGCACUGUGCCAGCCCCUCCUGCUCUUUACCACCUUGGAACAUGGCUGUAGUCUGAGCAGGUUCUAUUCCCACAGCGAGGGACAUGAACCAACUCUGCUUCUCAUCAAGACAACAACAAAAGAAGUCUGUGGGGCUUACCUGUCCAGUGACUGGAGUGAGCGCCGGCGAGGAGGAAACAAGCUCAGUUUCUUUGGAACUGGGGAGUGCUUUGUGUUUAGGCUGCAGCCAGAAGUGGAACGCUAUGAGUGGGUGAUCAUAAAACACCCAGAACUUGCCUCGACUGGAUCAGAGACAGAAAACCAUACCCAGCCAGCUUCCAGCACACUUUCCUCCAGCAGCAUCCCCUCAGACCCCUCAGAUCGCCUUUCUCCCUUCUUAGCAGCUAGGCACUUCAACUUGCCUUCCAAAACAGCCUCCAUGUUCAUGGCUGGCAGCAGCGAGUGCAUCAUUAUAGGAGGUGGUGAUGGCCAGGCUCUGUACCUUGAUGCAGAUCUGAACCAUGGGAGAACCAGCCACUGCAACACUUUCAAUAACCAGCCACUGUGCUCUGAAAGCUUCCAGAUCUCCAUCCUGGAGGUGUGGGGCUUCAGGGACACCAUAAAUGGUUGAUGUGACUAUCAUUAAUCAGCUAGUCUUUCAGUCGUCCAAAGUAAAUUUUGAUACAGGAGCUAAGUUAGAACAUCCUUUCUUCUGGGCUCAGUGCUGUGAGUCAUUCCUAAGUAGUGGACUUGGGUGCAGGCCUAGUUGUUUACUUUUACUUUAUUUCAGACAGGUCAAGGUGAAGUAAUGUAUCUGGUUAAUUGCUUGUCCCUUUACUUCUAGAGAUUUGUUUUCAAGGGACUGUUAGUAAAAAUGAAAAUGUGAUGAGUUCAGAGCCAUGCUAGGUGGAUACAGGUCUAAAUCAUGGGAUAGGUUUGAGGCAACAGUUCCUUGGAGACACAAACCUGGCUGAGCUGUGCUGCAGAGCUCUGAGCCACUGGCACCAGUACCUGGCCUGAGCCAGGAAUAUCAGAUGUCUCCUCACAGGGAACACUGGUGACUUCACAUUUGACAUAGGACAGUAGUUCAUAAAAUCACAUCCCUCCUAUGAGUAGACGUUGUGCAGACAAAUCAGUACCAUUAAGUUAUGAAGCUCUUCAUUCCCACCAGAACCAUGAUUUCUGAUCUUGUACCAAAACCUUUGACAUGUUCCAGUUGCAUAUUUAAGCAGUCUGCCUCUGAGAAAGGCAUCCAGGCUGGUCGGUGAUAUCUCCAAGUCUUGAUUUUGUUUACAUUCCUAUUCCAUAUCAGUGUGAUGACUUCAGAGCAACUCCCUGUGUCAGGCAGCUGAAGGCCAGAGAGUAUCUGCAGUGCUCAGAAAUGUUUCUUUCCUCAUCUUUCCUGGGAGCUGAAAUUAAGCUUUAAAUCUGAAAAUAACUGUGCUGAUAUCCCUAUGUGUUUGGGGAACUAGACAUGGUGAUAACGGGAACUUAAUCCUCUCCACAAGUAAAGAGAGGAAGGCAAAGAGGCAAAUCUGGGAGGGAAUGAGUUUCCCAGGAGAACUGGAGGCAACACUGUUUCUCAAGAUAUCUUCCCAGUGAUGAGAUCCCUCCAGAGAAGGUAACAGUUUUCUUCCUGUGUUUUCUGGUACAGUUUGGGUGAUGCAAGGAGGCUUUGCUCGUUCUUGAGCAUUCCUACAUUCUCUGCAGGCAUGCCCUGUGGCAUUUGUAUUGUGGAACUUCUCCCACAUGAAGCACAAAUACAUAAACAUUAGUGAGUAGUCCAGAGCAUACAACAGGAUGCUCAGAGCUUCAGUGAGUAACCCACUAGUAAGAUUUAUCACAACAGGGAAAAUGAAGGGAAAGAGAAAUUGCUGAUUUUCUUAAAAGUUCAAUCUAAAAAAUGGCUGUAGAGUGGGAUUGCUACUUAAUGUUAUUAAUGUUAUACUUAAGUAGUUAAGCUUUAAGUUCAUUAAAAGGAAAAAUUUAAAUGAAUAAUGUUAAAAGCUAGACUAGACAGGGUCACAUUCAUAUUCCAGGAUCAGAGGUGAGUUUUUGGUCAUGUUGGCUUGUCCAGCUGGCCAGCCAUGACAGUACCUCAUGGCUGGGUAGAGUUGCCUCUUGCAGAGUAUGUGAAUAAACUUAGCAAAAAUAAGAUUUGCUUUUUAAGGUGCCACUUUGAAUUUUUGUCAAAAUAACUCUUUGAAAAAUUAGCCUAUGUGCAGAACAGUUUAAAAUGUCUUAUGCACCAUUUGUAUUUGUAAUUGGAUUCUCUAGCCCUGUGAGUCAGCAUUGGGCCUCCCUUUCUCCUUCCCACACAGUGAGUUUGCCCAGUCUUUUCCCAGGUUUUCCAUAAGGUUGAUUGAACUGCAAGAGGCAAUUCUGUCAAACUGAUAUAUUUUGAUGUGAAAGAACUCUGUCAUAUCUGGCUUUCUGCAAACACUGGCUGAUGCUGCCUUCUAUUUUUCCAAGCCACCCAUGUCACUUUGCCCUUGCAGGUAUCCCACAAGGUUCCUCAGACAAGUCACUCAAAAAGUAUAGGUUCUCCUUAGUGUAUGUGGGAUUUCUAUUUGGUUUGCAUCUCCUCUUUUGAGCUUGUCUGAGGAGGUGCCCUUGGGAACAAAAAACAACUCAAAAACACAACAGAAUUAAUUUCCAGCUUGUUGUCAGAAAUUCCCUGGAUCUGUGUUGGUAGGAUUUGUUGGAGUGUAAUGUUCUACUCCAAAUGAAUAAAUUUUAUCUGCAAAAACUUGGCUGCAUCUGGCAGUGUGAUGGGAUUUCCUCGCUCCCAUCCCUGCCAGGUGCAACUAUGUCAAUACCUUGUCUUAAGCCUUAUCUAAGAAACGUUCCUCAGAAACAUGUUCUUUUCCCUGUUCUGUUCUUGGUGCACAGUGAUUUGGGUGUUUGGAAUCUGAAAUAAUUCCUGGUUGCUCAGAAACUCCUCAUAGGAUAUCAGUGUGAGAAUCCAGGGAGCAGUACUGGACACAAGGCGCGGAACUGGUUUGGCUUGAUAAAGCACUGCCCUGCCACAGCCACCCUGUGGGACUGGUCUGUGUGGUUUGAACUGGAAUAGCCUGGAUGAGCAAGAAGCUGCAAUAAUCCAGGGAGUGCAGUUCUACAGUGCUGCAGCAACUUCACACAAUCCUUGUGUUCAGUAAAAACGGAUAUUCCUUGUCAUGUGCAAAUCCUCAUCCAUCAUGCCUGUUGCGGUUGUGAGACACCUUAGAAGAACAGUGUUUUCAUCUUUCCAGUAGCAAAGAGGUAUUUUCCCUAUGUGUGUAGUUAAUGGUUGUUGCUGACCAACUAUCAAAGUUCAAAUCCUUUGUAUUAUGCAAAGCUCUUGAGAUGGAGGCCACAGACUGGUUUUGAAGACAAUGACUCCAGUGGACACCUUAUCAGAAAGUGGAGUUAUCUCAAGUACUCCAGCCAUGAAGUGCUUUAGUCAGUUGUUACUUGCAGCCUGAACAACUCUUGAAGGCUGUAAUCCCUGUUUGUGGUCCUGCUGGCAGCAGUAAUAGUGCCAGUCACAGGAUGGGCUUGGGCUGAGAGCUGCAGGCUGGGCGUUUGUCACCACAGUUCUGCGAGAGUGUCUGUGCUCUCCUGAGAAGCUGCUUUUUGCUUUGUCGUAUUCCUUGAAGGCAGAGAAGAUUAGAAACUCCUUACACCAGAAACCUGACUUCACUGUAAAUGGCAACCAAGCUGUUUUCAGGCCACGGGAAUUGUAUCCAGCUGCAGCAAGACUGGACAGAUUUCACUGCACCUGAGCUGUCUUUGCUGCAGCUCCUGCACUUUGGCAUGCUCCUUUUUCUGACGCAACAUGUUAAUCAACCUCCUGUUAAUAGAGGCAAAUUAGCAAAGGGAAGGGGAAGAUUCUCAUUUCCUCUCUGGUGACAUAUCUGAAGUCAGAAUGGAGUGGGGGCCAGUACUAUUCUCUGAAGAGUUAAACCAUGCCAAUAGAGAUCUGUGGUGACCCACAGAGGGGUGACAUGUGCAGAUGCAUCAACAGCUCUUCAUAUGUGUGUAUUGAAAUUGUGUACUUUGUCCUUGGAAAUUCACCCUCAUUUUUGGUGGGGUGUGAUCUCCUUUGCCCAUGGGGACACCGAUACCACAGCCAGGAGCUGACCCACAACCAUGGCACAGCAAGAGCUCGGCUCAGCAAGUGACACUGAGUCAGGCUGUUGGGUAUAGAUGAGGCGUGGGCACCUGGCUGUUCUGCAGCUCUCUGUCAUGAAUUUUAGACUAUUCAUAGUCAGGUUGAGUGUGUGUAUACUAUUUGAGGGGAUCAUUUCUUCAGAUGAGUGGUGGUGUGCUGCUGAAUUGGUUUUCUGCCCUGUUUUGGAAUUGCUGUCCUACAUCAAUGGUAUUUUUGUCACUGUGCAGAAUCUUGGAUUAUAUUAAAGGUAUUUGGCUGUG